AUGAAGCUGCUUGACGACAUCGCAGGCGUGAAGAAGUUUCGGCCGAGCAUUGGAGCUCAGGACAGACUUGCCGACACUCGAACAGACUGGGCAGCGUUUCUUGAAACGCUCAAAACUGAUGGGAACAUUGAGGGUAGUCAUUCGGAUAGUGACUCGGACUGCUACUACAGUCCCACCGCAAGUGACUCGGAGUCUGAUCAGUCAGAUGAGGAAACGAACCUUCGCUAUGCCCGGUCUCCGAGGCGUCACAGAAAACCCAUAGUGUAUAACCCUGAUGUUACAAAGCUCGCCGACGAGCUUGCUAGAUACGCUCAUGCAAUUCAAAAGGCGUUUCAUGACUUCGACGAGUCUGGUACCGUGUUGCCAGCACCAUUUCGGGAGCUCUGCCAGGGCUUCAAUUUCAUUCAGCGUUGCACCAAACGCAUCCAAGAGAGUUGCACCACUGUCGAUGCAGCAACCACCAAGGUCGACCAGCAUGUCGAGGAUGCGGCAUCUGUUGUCUCUGAAACAGACAGUCUGUUUUUGGAUCAGUUAAAUUGA